UGCUCUGCAUUCACUACUCUGUGACGUCAAAACGCGCACGUGAUUAACACUCGCUGAGUGAGAGAUUUUCGCAAUUUCGUCUCGUGGAGGUAUGUGAUUGCGUGAGAUAUGGCCUCCGUGUACUCUCUACAACAGCAAUGCACUUUUGUGAUAUGGAAGCAUGUAGGCGUGCACCGGCUUGAUCGUUUGGACGAGCUGCCGUUGCCACGUGGACUCCAACAAUAUGUCCUUCAUAAUCACAACCUGCACAAGUACGUUUCCGAGGCUGUGGUCGUUAGACAAACGGAAUAUGUUGAAUUGCGCAAAGGUUACGACAUGACAUGCAACAGAUCUAUUGUUUACGCAACCGUUUCCAUGGAGAAUCCAUUGUUUGUCAGACUCUCGUCUUUGUUUUAUCAAUGGGACAGACUGCAUCAUGCAAGGAUCGUUCGGUGUUACUACAGACUCGAAGACGGUGAGAGAAAGAGGUGUCUGUUUGUACUCGACCAUUUCCCCACUACCACAUUGGAUGAAUGGCUGGGCAGUCAGUCACGUGACCUACACCAAACUAUGAGGGUUUUUCUUCACGUAGCGGAGGCAGUCCAGUACCUUCAUUACAGAGGGAUCUACAACAGUCAACUCACUAGGGCCAAUAUUUUCAUCUCGCCGAAAGGCAAUGCUGUAGUUUUUCUUCUAGGUGUGGCCGAGAGUGGCACGUGGUUUCAUCCACCCCAUUACCCUCAUUGUGAAAAGGUAAAUGACAAGGCGGAUGUUUGGCGACUGGGAUUAAUUUUAUAUCAACUGUUGUUCAAAAAAUUCGAGCCGGCUGUGGUUUUAGAAGACACCCUUUCGGCGUUGUCGAUCAGCAUGAUUCAUAAGAAAGUUGAUUCAGCCGCUAGAACCUGUCACGUUUCUGGUUGUACGGCUAAAGUAUUGAAACAGUGUCUAAGUGUGAAUCCCACACGACGACCAACUGUUGCUGAGGUGAUAUUAUUUAUUCGCAGCCUACCUGUGGAAGAGCGUGACGUAAAGAAACGGUAUAAGCGCCCAGCAUCUGCACCUGCUGCAAUACAUAUGACAUCAGUUUCUGUCAGAAAGAGACCAGCAUCGGCAGUGGCUUUACAAAGACACUCGGCUGACUACACAAAUUGUGCUAUGGUUACCAGUGAGCAAGAAACGUACAGAGAAGAAAAUGCAGGUGAUUCUGUGCACAAGGAGCACCCUCCACGUCAGCCCUCGAUGAAAAACAAAUAUAUUGUAUGGCCAAAUUCAGCCUCGUUUCUUAGGGUGUCUGCUCUGCAGCGUGUCCCAAGUUUGCCAUCAACAACAUAAAAGAAAUUACAGUUAGGAACACAACGAUCCACCACCUUUGAAACCGAAGCAGACGAAUAGUUUAGAUUGCUAGAAUCUGUGCCUAGGGAUUUCCGAUUUAUUUCCAUCCUAUUUAAGUAGUAUAUUAUGUAUUUAUGUAUUAUUAUUAGAGACGGUUAAUUUAUUGAGGUGAAA